GAGUGUGCAGAUGCUCCCACCUGUAGAAAGAAGGGUUGCACGAUGGUCGUUGCCGACUACGACCCGAACCUCAUCAUCGCAUACAAGUGCGAUCUCUGCGGGAAGAGCAACACCAUCUGUUUCGAGUGCCAUCCCGGGCCGAUGACCAACGAUCAGGCGGACGCGCCCCGCCUCAAACGGCGAAAGAGGGAGCUCGUGGAAGCGGCGGAGAAGUCGGCCGGGGCCGAGGAGGAACAUGCGGCCGAGGACGAGCAGGCCCAGGCGUCUUCGUCGGACACGACACCGCCGCCCAGGUCGUUCAAGGAGGAGGCCUCCCUCACGCCGCCGACAACCGCGCACCUCGGCCGCGUGGAGGUGGAGGACUCACCGAAGCGACUGCGGCGCGCCCCGCGAAUGGCGAGCCGAGAGCCUUCCGACGACGUCCAGGGUCGAAAGGCGCUGCUGCCCCAGGGCGCCCUCGACAUCUAUGCGGGCCCCAUGGCGCGGUACCAGCCGGCCCGGAGGCCUGCGCCCGCCGCCAGCGGCGGGGCGUUGCUGGAGGUGCUUGCCAUGCCGCUGCACCUGACCACCGAGGAGUUGAGAAAGACCGGCGAGGGCAUCUUGCACGCCGCGUGGCGCAACGACGUCGUGUCGAAGCAGACCAUCAGCAACCAUCUUGGCCUCCAGCUGAACGGCAUGCGCCUCCGGAACGGUAAGCAGACCUCUCGCUGCUCGAGCGUGGCGCGCGGGGGAAGGGUCGACAACUGGCUUGUCUGGGAGCGGACUGCGGGCGCGCAGGCGCCCUCGGCCUCCAGCGGCAAGAUGGUCGGCGCGCUGCUCCUCCGGCGACAGGCGCCCAAGGACCACAGGAGCAAGGGGGCCAUCAGCAUCGACUACGUGUCCGCGCAGCGGAGCGCUGGCGGGAAGGGCUGGCCGAUGGUUCAGGCCGCGGAGGCUAUUUGCCGCGGCGAGGGCAUGCGAGAUCUGUGGAGCGCUGCGGACUUGUCUCAAGACGGCGGCGCCAGCUGGGACGGCAAGCGGGACGGGUCGGCGCUGGCGGCGCACAGGCGCUGGGGCUUCUCGGCCAGCAGCGCCGCGGAGUGGAAGGCCAUCGGCCUGGAGCUCUACGACGAGCAGAGGUGCCGCGUCGCCUACAUGCGGAAGGCGCUGCACCCGUGGGCCGAUGCCCCCGCCGCGCCGGGCGAGCCCUGGGGCUCCGAUCGGCCAGGAGCGAGGCGGCGAGGCUGCGAGCAGCCGCGGGCGCGAGGGGCCACGGCGCCGUCGGACCCCGCGGCCAGUGCCGGGCAGGUGCCGCCCCAGGUGGCCGGCGCCGCCGCCGCUGCCUCUCUGGGCGCGCCUCUCGCGGCGCCCUCGCCGGCUGGUUUGGCGUCGCCGUGGGCGUCCUCCGCGGCGGGCGUGUCGCCACGGUCUGCCACGGGAGUGGCCACGCCGCUGGCGCCCGCGGUGGACGUGGCGUCCCCCCGCGCCGCAGGCGGGCUCGCCACGCCCUUCGGGGCCGCAGGGCCUGCGGCGCCGGGGCAGGCACGCUCGCCGGGGACGCUGCGCUCGCCGGCGGCUCGCGCGGCGACGGCAGGCUCCCCCGCUGCCAGGGUGCCGCCCGUGGCUUCGAGAGGGAAGUCCGGCGGCCAGCCGCGGGCCGAGCCCAACGAGGAGAGGCUGCAGAAGGAGAUCGAGCGGUGCCGCAAGCUGCAGGAGAUCGACCAGUUCCUGGAGGAGCUGCAGCACCAGCAGCAGGCGCAGCACGAGCAGGCACCAGCGGCUGGGCCGACGCCGCCGCUGGGCAGCUCCGAGGGGGCAGGCGGGGCGUCCGCGGGCGCACAGCCAGCUGGAGGGCCUCUCGGGAACCUGCGCGCCCUUCUCGGCGUGAGGCGCCCCGAGGGCGCCGCUUGA